AUGUCGUACAUCGGUAAUGCGUCGGACGUGGAGCAGGAGAAGAACCUGUCGGAGUACCGGCGCCAGCGCAGCUCGAGCAAUCUGAUGUCGUCCGGCGGCAAGCAGUCGGUCGGUAGCCCCAAAAUGUCCGACGUCCUGUGGAACGACAAGCGCGCGGCCAGCCGCAACGUGAACGCCAGCGACGACGACGACUCGGAGGUGUCGGACAGCGAGAACUUCCUCGCCAAGGGCGCCUUUCUGCUGACGCCGUCGCACGAGCUGUCGAUGGACCGGGCGGCGCUGAUCUGCGAGAAGAUGAACUUCAAGGGGUGCUUCAGCCUGACCAAGACCGCCACCGGCAUCCUGUUCAAGUUCUCCAACCCGGAGGACUACCAGGCGGUCUUCAAGAAGGGCUUCCAUAAGGUGACCGGCGCCCGGUUCUACAAAAAGAUCGCCAUCCCCUGCCGACCGCAGAAGACAUUCAUGCUGUACGUAUUCGACGUACCGGAGGACCUGCCCGAGGAGGACAUCCGGCACUCGCUGUACCGCUUCAACUCGGUCGUCGAGGUCGUCCGGUUGGUCGUGCACUACCAGAAGCCCGCGGUUCAGCCGGAUCCCGGACAGCUGCACGCGGCUGGAGCAGGCACGCCGCAGCCGAAGCCGCAGGUGCCGAAGCUGCCCACCGCCAAGCCGAUCGACGAGCAGGACGUGGCGCUGCAGAAAGAAUCGCCACCGCCACCGAUUCGCAUCACACUCGCCUCACUCGAUGAGUACAACCACCUACUGCAGAACGGGCUGGACUUCUACGGGGCCACUUUCUUCCCCACCGAGGCCCAGCUGCCGCCGCACGCCGCUAAGAUAGCUACCAAACGAGGAACGCGCAUGAUCGAUGGCAGCAUUCCUGGGCGUGUGCGCGAGCUGCUUCCGGUGUUCGACGCAGCCGGCUUUAGCAAAAUUCCGCCCCCGGCAUCAAAAACGAUUAAACCGCGCCCAUAA